AGGAAAAACACCUAGAAAGAAGAUCUAAGUUGGAAAGAGAGAGAAGCUUUAACCACCCACAAAAUGGAUGUAGUUAAAGUGCUGCACAUGAAGGGAGGAAGUGGACAAACCAGUUAUGCUCUCAACUCUUUGCUUCAGCAAAAAGUAAUAUCGAUGACAAAGCCAAUCACGGAGGAAGCCAUAACCAAGCUCUACUGCAACACUUUCCCUGCAAAGCUAGCCAUAGCUGACUUGGGUUGCUCAUCUGGACCGAACACCUUGCUUGUGGUUACCCAACUGAUCAUGACAGUUGACAAGCUUCGACGGAAAUUGAGCCAGGAGUCGCCGGAGUAUGUCAUCUUUCUUAACGAUCUCCCAGGAAAUGACUUCAACAACAUUUUCCGGUCAUUACUUCCAAACUUCCAACAGAAACUGACUACUGAGAUUGGAGCUGGCACCAGGCCUUGUUUCUUGUCCGCUGUUCCGGGUUCUUUCUACGGCAGACUUUUCCCGGAAAAUAGCCUGCACUUUGUUCACUCUUCUUAUAGUCUUCAAUGGUUAUCUCAGGUACCAGAGGGGUUGGAGAAUAAUAAAGGUAAUAUAUACAUGGCAAGUAGUAGCCCUAAGAACGUGAUGAGAGCAUAUUAUGAACAAUUUCAAAAGGACUUCGGCUAUUUUUUGAAGUGUCGAUCAGAGGAGUUGGUGGCUGGAGGCCGUAUGGUUUUAACAUUUUUGGGAAGAAGCAGCCAAGAUCCUUCCAGCAAAGAAGGUUGUUACAUUUGGGAGCUUUUGGCCACGGCUCUAAACGACAUGGUCUUAGAGGGAAUAAUAGAAGAAGAGAAGCUGGGCUCCUUUAACAUCCCACAAUACACUCCAUCUCCAGAAGAACUGAAAACUGAGGUUAUAAAAGAAAGGUCCUUCACCGUUGACCGCCUUGAAGUUACAAGAGUCCAUUGGGAUGCUUAUCACGGCGAAUUAAGUCCGUUCGAUGCAGUUAUGGACGGUGGAUAUAACGUGGCAAAUUGCAUGAGGUCUGUGGCUGAGCCGCUGCUCGUCAGCCAUUUUGGUGAAGAAAUCAUUGAGGAGGUUUUUUACAGGUACCGGAAAAUCCUUGCCGAUCGCAUGUCCAAGGAGGAAACCCAGUUUGUCAAUGUUAUUAUCUCGGUCGUUAAAGCUUGAUUAAUUACGAUAUUAUAAAUUCAGGCUUUGGGAAUGAAA